AUGUUCCGCCGUGUUGCCAUCACGUACGCACCCCACGAUGAUGUCACUCUCACCGACUUCCGACGCACUGACGCACUUCCAGGGGUACCAUACCACUUCCUUGCCAUAUCACUUCUGGUGGCACGGACUAUGGGAUCUUCCCGCCACAGCACCACCAUCUUGGGCCCAGUCACCAGCUCCAGAUCUGGCCCACCUCCUGCCUCGCAUCACCCUGGGGGACUCCAACUUUACCAUGCCACGGGACCCGAUAUCCUUCAAACCAUACUGGGGGAACAGCGCGACAGAGGCCUUCAUCUCCUGGCCCUCCGUCCGCCCAUGGUUGUUUCCUCUGCUGCUGCAGGGUCUCCCGACGCCAUCCUUCCUCAACCGAUACCAGAACACAGCAGGGACAGGUAA